AUGGACAAGAGAAGGUCUACUCCACCAGGUUGGAUGGACAUCAAGUUUUGCAAGACCAACCUCCUCAUUGAGCACAAGGAGUUGGAUGGGAGAUUCCAAUUCAACGGAUUUGCGAGAAGAGGAUCUGAGCUCGAUCGAGCUGAGGAUCGAGCUGAGGUCAAGCUGAAGAUCAGUCCAGGAAGCGCUGAUUUGGGUGAGCCUGAGUGCUAUUACUUUGAGGAGUAUGAGGCUCCAAGGAUGAACCCCUCUGUUGUGGCUGCCCACAAGAGGAUUGGACUUCUCCAAAAGUUCAACAAGUGGCAAGGGAAAGCCAUGGAGAAGAUGCAAAAGUCCAUGGACAAGAUGGUGAGCAAGAUCAAAGCUUGGAGAAGAAAGUUUCUGGUUCUUCAAGCAAGAAGAAGAAGUCCAAGGCCCCCACAUUCCCUAGGAGUAGGUCACUCCUCACCACUCCAAGGAGGCUCCCUGCCCAAGAGCCUCACAGAGCCUCUUCUUUCGAGCCAAGGGAAGGAGAAGACAACACGCAGAGAAGGAGGAAGACUUCCAAGGCCAGACGCUCCAGCUCGACCACCGGACUCGAUCGAGUCCAGCUCGACCACCGGACUCGAUCGAGUCCAAACAGAGGAAACUCAACUCGAUCGAGCUGACGGUCGAGUUGACCUGGAGGAGCCCCAGUUUGAGAUCCGGGAUUUCGAGUACGAUCCCAGCCUUACCAGGACUUCCCCAGAGAUGGAACCCCUAUACAGUCGAGCUACCAAGCUCCACCAAGGCCAAGGAACACACACUUUCAAGAUGAAGAAGAGGAGGAAGAGAGCCACAAGCUCGAUCGAGUGA